AUGACCACAUACGCAAGUUUCCAGCAAUACGAUCUUCUGGACUCGGAGGGUUACGGAUCGGCGAGUAGCCCGGAGUCGAAUCCGCGAAGUUGGACCCACCAAGAAAUCUACCCUCAACCACCGAGAUCCAGGGGUAGCAGCUGCGGCAGCGUGAGCUCGUUGGACUGUCAAAAUCGCGAGUACCAAGAGAUCGGUGUGGCGAACGGUGGCUUCCACGUGACUACGGCGACUGGCUUCAACUUCACCGAGUUCUACGAGGGCUACUACCAACAGGGUUGCCGGAACGAGCAACACGAGAUGGGCCACUCGAACAGCGUGAGGAUGACGAAGGAGCCGGCGAGGCCCCACUCGUUCAGGAUGAAUCCCGAGUGCGCGGAGAACGUUUACGACGGCGAGAACGCGGCGACGACGAAACAAAAUCCGGACGUCGUCGGCCCGCCAACGAAAAUGGAGCAGCAACAUGAGGCGAGCAACGUGUUCGGCGGCGGCAGGUGCGAGUUCGGCCAGAGUCUUCAGGAGAGUUUCUUCGCGGCGAAGAGUUAUGGUAUCCCGAAAGGCGAUGGUUUUUUGCCUAGGAAUAACGGCAAUCUGCCGCCUUACGGGCAAAGGGGCGACAUCCUUUAUUUGGGCGCCGCGUACACCGCGCCGAGAAACGAGAGCUACGCGGCGGCGGCGGCGGCGGCAGCGGCAACAGGCCAGCACGGCGGCAAGUGCGAGCCAUCCAGGUAUCACCAGAAAAACGUGGACGCGGUGCACGUCCCGACGUCGAUCGAGUACCCGGGCCAAAAGACAAAGGAGGGCAUGCAGAAGAUGAAGAACGGCACGCCGGGCAUCGAGGUGUUGAGAAAGAGACGGCUGGCGGCGAACGCGCGCGAGAGACGAAGGAUGAACAGCCUGAACGACGCGUUCGACAGGCUGCGCGACGUUGUCCCCAGCCUCGGCAACGACAGGAAACUAAGUAAAUUCGAGACCCUUCAAAUGGCGCAGACCUACAUUGCCGCGCUGUACGAGCUGUUGCAGAGGGAGUGA